GUGAAAGAGAGCGGCGGCUUGUGCAGUCCCCCAAAGGCUACAUUGCAUGCGCUUCAGACUCUGGCGGCGUUCGUCACAUCAGGAAAGUUGCAACAGCUUCUCGCGGAUUAUCGCAGAGAAUUCGUUCGCCAGAGCCAAAACACCCCUAAAACCAAACAGAGCCUGCGGACUGUCAAAAAUAUCGCUGCCACGAAAAAAGCUAUCGCUUCCGCAACCUCACACUUGCGACCUCCCGGCAGUUUGGCAAGCGCGGAAGAUGAAGACGAUUUACUGGCACCUUUUCCGCGUCUUCGCCGGGUCUUCACUCGCGCGUUGGUACGAAACGAAGAGGCCGCUUUGCUUUUGCGCGACUGCACAACCGUGGCGUGCUUCGACGACGGUGCGGACCUCUUGCGAGCGCUUCUGAACAGCGAGCCGCUGUUUUGCGAUACGAAUUUUUUCAUAUGUGCAGCAAACCACGACCUUGCUUUGCGUGGCGAUGUUCGCAAAUUUCUUGAGAGAGAGUCGGUUGCGGCCGCGGAAGCUGGUACUCAUAUUUCAGCGGGCAUACGUAAUGUUGGGCGCACAGUGCGCUCCGCUGAUGAAGCAUCGAUGGAGUGGAGCCUUGGACGACUGUUUCUUACGCCGAGUGUUGGAGGCGAGGUGGCAAAGAGCAAAAAAGCGAACAAAAAAAUGAAAACAGGCCGAGGUGGAGCAGGAGUGAUUGGCGGAAAAUCGAUUACCGAGAUGGUCGUAGAGGCUGCAUCAUCGGUCCCGUCAUUGCCAGUGUCACUUUUCGAAGGAUGCCGUACUGAUACGGAGCAAUCAACUGAAGAUGAAAAGAGCAGAGGACGACCACGCAGUGGAAGUGGCACCAGGACGAGAGUCAGUGUAAUUAAUGCGAGGAAAAGUAGAAGGACCUUGUCUAAAUCGCCAGGCGCGACCAAGACACGAGAAGGAGCACGGGCUGCUGAGCGCGCGUCAAACACCUCAAACACCGCGGACGGUACACGUAGAAGCUCGGUGGGCACGACACAGAGGCUUUCAACCUCAACACCAAUCAGUGGAGGCUCCAGGAGUCCGGAGAAGGACACAUUAGCAGGGAUCGAAGAAGUGUCACCUGCAAGUGUCGAAAUUUCUCCGCAGCGCUCUUCUAAAGCUGUCGAUGUCGCUGAAGCGGCUACUCUUCCUCUGUACUAUAGCGAUCCAGACGAGGGCGUUCCAGGAGUCGGGCACGAGCGCCGAAACACCAACAUAGCAAGAACAUCUUCAUCUUCUAGGGAGUCCAAGACGGCAGCGAGUACGACAACUUCGAAAGACCGUCGCAAGAGUUCCCCAGACGGACGGAGAUCUCCAACCGAACGUGCGCUUCUCGACUCGCCCACUUCACACUUGCGGCGUGGUGGCGGGGACCACUCAGGGGCUGCACCACGUUCUUCACUCGGAGAUAGAGAAGCGACGAAAAACACGGCAGCUACGUCUACUUCAAGAACAGAAAAUGAUGGCGAAGUUACGGCUUUGGGCGGUGCCAGUUUUGAGCGCUUUGGAACGACGGCACUGAUUCCGGAUGAAGCAGAUCUUCAUUACCUUACACGGGACGAGGCACUUGCCGCGCGUUUGAUUCUUGCGCGACUGCGUCAUCGUGGCCACAGAAAGAUCCCCGCAGAUCGCGUACGACGUGCCGUUUUUCGCUGCACUCGCGGUGCCUGGAUGCAACAGCUGGGAACGCGUCUCCUGAACCUACUCCAUUCGCGUAUCUGCACUUUGAUGAAGGGAGCAGCCCGACGGAAGAAGGAGGCGCUUGAGGCUGCUCGCGAAGAAGCGCUGCUUGCGAAAAUUGAAGCCGAAAGGAGGGAAAACGAAUUGUUGAGCCCGAGCGCGGCUGAUGCGGGAGGAGCCGCGGAUCCUUCAUCAGAGCGCUAUGAGGAGCCGCCACAGCCGAAGUGGCUAGGGGAAGAGCUUGAGUUCGAAAGAAUCGGUGUUGAAGAGAAAACCCCGGAAGAGAAGAAAACAACAGCCAAACUUGUGCAAGCAAGGCAGCUGUUGUCCGACGUUGUUGCGGUAUUAAACUCUGCAGUGGCCAUGCUGAAAGACGCCAGCGCGCGGCA